AGGAGGUGUGGUGGGGGGACUCCAGAAUCCUAUAUGGUACAUCGGGGUGCAGUUUUUCCACAUUUCUCUGUCAUGCUCGGAAAUAUGAAGCCUACUAUGUUCAGCAAGGACACAUUGUGCGCGAUAUUGCAAUAAAACCCUUACACAGCUAAGGAAAUUGCCUCAUUACCUCGAGAGAGCUUUCUUUUUUUCUUACCACCAUGACUGCGAAUUGCACAAGCUACUACAGCGCAGAAAAUGCUUUUGUGAAUGGCUUUUUGUGCCCUAAAGCGGGAAGCGGUGCGCACGCGGUAUUCUGCUGCGGAUUUAACGAUAUCAAGUAUUGCUGUGAUGACCCCAACAGUUUUUUCCCCUACGAGUAUGCAUACAUGUGGUGGCUUAGCGUCGGGGCCCUGAUAGGUCUGUCCAUAGCAGCAGUGGUCCUGCUGGCCUUCCUCAUCACAGUCUGUGUCCUCUGCUACCUCUUCAUCGCCACCAAGCCCAGUCGCCUUGACAACGGCCUGCCACUCAGAGCACCAGGAGUGGUUCCUACUCCCAGUGAGGGACCCAGCAAUCACUCCAGUGCGCGGCCUCCCAGUGGUCCCCAGGGCUUCAGGAAGAACUUCCUCAGCCGGAAGCUGGACUGUGACAACCAGCCUCCCGACCCUGAGAGACUGUUCCAGAAGUGCUUCAUGGCCACGGUCACAACUGUCAACAUGGAGGGCCCUUCUUAGGAGCACUUGGAAGGACCCCUUAUAAGGGGACCAGAUGUCCACUUGUUUUGGAAUGAGUGUGUAAAAGGACCAAUGAAUCACAAAAGGAUCAUUUUCAACCUGUCAAUCACACAUACUGUACAGUUGAAGUCGGAAGUUUAUAUACACCUUAGCCAAAUACAUUUAAACUAAGUUUUUCACAAUUCCUGACAUUUAAUCCUAGUAAAAAUUACCUGUCUUAAGUCAGUUAGGAUCACCACUUUAUUUUAAGAAUGUGAAAUGCCAGAAUAAUAGUAGAGAGAAUGAUUUAUUUCAGCUUUUAUUUAUUUCAUCACAUUCCCAGUGGGUCAGAAGUUUACAUACACUCAAUUAGUAUUUGGUAGCAUUGCUUUUAAAUUGUUUAACUUGGUUCAAACGUUUUUGGUAGCCUUCCAUAAGCUUCCCACAAUAAGUUGGAUGAAUUUUGGCCCAUUCCUCCUUACAGAGCUGGUGUAACUGAGUCAGCUUUGUAGGCCUCCUUGCUCGCAAGCGCUUUUUCAGGAUUGAGGUCAGGGCUUUGUAAUCGCCACUCCAAUACCUUGACUUUAUUGUCCUUAAGCCAUUUUGCCACAACUUCGGAAGUAUGCUUGGGGUCAAUGUCCAUUUGGAAGACCCAUUUGCGACCAAGCUUUAACUCCCUGACUGAUGUCUUGAGAUGUUGCUUCAAUAUAUCCACAUAAUUUCCCCAUAAGUUUUAAUGACUCCAACAUAAGUGUAAACUUCCUACUUCAACUGUAUAUAAACAUAUGGAAGAGAUGUACAUUUGGAGGUGAGUGGUCAAUGUGUGGUCAAUGAUCACCAUGGACAAUCUCUAACCUCUGAACUGUGACCAUGGUCCUAAAUAAUGUGUACUCCUAUUUAUUAAGUCAUGAACUCUGUAUUACACUGUUGUUGUUUGGUCUGUGGAUGAAAAUGGCUGAGUGUCUUCUUCAUGAGGAAAUAGACUGAUUCUCAUGCUUACCGCCAGGCAAGACAGUAAAGGACCUAGGUGCAUCUAAGAACAUGUCUCAUACAUUUUCACAGCUGAUUGUACAGUAAUUAUACUCCACAAAAACCCUUUUAUGGGUAAUUCCGCAAAAGAAGUAUAGAGUUUUAAACUUGAUCAAUAUCUGCAUCUAACACUUUUCGGAAUUGUGUUGUACAGUUUGUCUAAAAUGUUAAUUUGGUUGAGUGUGUUGCCCAGGAGAUAUAAGUAUAUUUCACAAUGAAAAUAAUUGAUUGACAAGUCAUUUUUAUAUAAAAUGGAAUGCAUAGAAUCAAUUAUGUCUGUCUUGGUGUGUCAGCAUUUGUUAGAAUGUUCCAGUUGCCCAAAAUUGCCCAAUCCUUGAAUUGGAUUCAAAGGUUAAAAGGCAUUUUUAUUUGAAUAGAGAUAUUAAGACACUUGUGUUGGUGAAACAAUGCAUGUUGAAUCUUCUGUCAACUGUCAGGCUGUUUUCCCAGUACACAAAAUAAAAACAUUGAAGUACCAAAACUUGCAUAGAUAAA